AUGGUUUCCGGUGCUAAUGAGGAUGUGUGUAGCUCCGCCCAUAAAGAUUCCGAACAGCACAAAGACAUUGAAGUUACCGAAUCGGCUGUCUGCGAUUCACUCGCUUCACAACAACUCCACCUCCUCGCUUGUCAUGUGUCCGUCUCCUUUAAUUUAUCAAUUAAACAUGCAGUUCUCAUAAAUAUUAUUCCUAUUUCAGAAACUGCUUGUGGUGAGGAUGUCCAGCAGGAAGAACAGUUUGAGACAGUGGUCUUUGCCAAUUCAAUGCCGGAUGUGAACCCUGGACAAAUAUGCCCAUCUUCAAGAAAGCAGAAUAUUCGGAAGAGACCAUAUUGUCACGAUGGUGAUGAAUCAUACAACCUUAGAAGAGAAUUUCUUGAUGGGAAAAGAGAAAAAAACAAAACUGCGGAGGACUACAGAAAGAAGAAGAUUUCAUUGCUGGAGAAAAUUGUUCAACAGCAGAGCGAGCUUAUAGAGAUACAGAGGAGAACAACAACCGCUCUGGAAGUCAUAGCUACGAAAUUUCAUGAGUCAACUCAGUCUCCCUCGCCAUAUUCACUUUCACCUGUUAUAAAAUUUAGUUAAUACAUGUAGUUUAAUCCUUACAAAUUUUAUGUGAGUUUAAAGAAUUUGAUGCAAUAACAUAGGGAUACAGUGGACCCCGCUUAAUAUGAUAUUUAUUUUGUCAGGCAAAAUUAUUAUAUUAACUGGACUAAAAUAAUAAUCGAACCUAGCUAAAUUCAAUGUGAGUAAGUAUGACAUGUGACUAUUUACGUUCUGUAUUACUAUUUUAAUCAAGAAAGGGUAAUUUCCAAUGCAAUUGAUGAUGUGUUCUAUAAAUUUAUCUUUAUUGCAUCAAAAAAGUUAAUUUUAUUUAUGAAAUUAACUAUAACAAGCUGAGAAAAUUGCUCAGAUCCACCAAUAUGCUUCCGGUGGGUUGACAUGCUUUCAUUUUGUUUUCUUCCUCUACAAUGUACUUCUGGUUUUGACCAAAUCUAGUUAGGCAUUCAUCAGACAAUUUGUUUUAUAAAAACUUCUUCCAUGAAGGUAUUCUUAUUAGCUCACUUGUUCAUAGAUAUUCUAAUUACAGACAUUUUUGUGAUAUUGUUAAUAUCUGGCAGCAAGAGCACUUAUAUACUUAUUGUUUUAAAAAUGUUAUUGUUGAAAUAUUGUUUCAAAAAAUGACAUUGUUGAAAAACCAAAAUUGUUUUUAAAAAUGUUAUUGUUGACAAACUGACCAUUAUUAAAAGUUUUCACUGUUCUUUACAUUUGUCAUUUUUUUCUAUUCAGAUCACAAAUAGAAAUUGAUAAAAGAUUUUUAA